CACUUUAAAAUUCGUUGCGUGGGCCUUGCGACUAAAGUCAAUUACAUUUGAUUUUCACUCGCUUUUGUCAGUAUCGAUGUCAGAGUGACAGCUACGUAUUUAAUUAACUAAAUUUUAAUUAAUUUAUUUUGAUGUUAAGUGACACAGUGCCAAAUAAUGUCGAUAAUUUCCCUAUGUUUCCCGAUCUUCCUAUGUUUGUCUUUAUUCCCAAACAUUCUCUAAUCCUCAUUCUACAUACCGCAUUGCAUUCCAUAUUUUAGUGAUGGCCGACACACACUUUCAUUUCCAAGGAAGUGACAUUUCAUGGAACAAAAAGAUUAAAAGCUGCGGCAGAUUCAUGAAUAGAACAUAAAGACGCAGAGAUGUAGGGAGCUGGACUGGUCUAAAGGUCUUCAGUGCGAAAGAAGAAUGAUGGUGGUUGAUUUUCACUGUGUUCUAAGCGGAAAAGGCUCCACGAAAUGCUAGAAAAAAAGAGGCCUUUGCUUAAGAAAACCUGCUUGGGACAUCCCAUGAGUAUCGAAAGAAGUCCUCGUUGAUUGGUCAGAAUCUCCAAGGACACCUGCGAGAAUUGAAACUGUUACAAAAUAGCACAAGGCACCGCUUUGAAGCGUCAUACUAAAUUAUCUUGGCAAAGGACUAAGCGGAAAAUCUGGUACAGGAAAAACAGUAAGCAAGCGAAGCAAAGAUCGACCAUAUUGAGGAACUGAAGAUGGCAGAUCCAUGCUUUCCAGGGUCAGACGCACCAUACCAACUUUCGUAUUUUACGUCAAGCGUUUCGGCAAUACUGACUAUUCUAAUUACAACAGGUAACUUCUUGAUUAUUUUUGCUAUUGCAAAAGAUCCAUUGAAGAAACUUCGAAACCCGUUCGCAUUUUUUCUCGCAAAUGCGGCUGCAAGCGAUUUAAUGGUUGGCGUUGUAGCGAUGCCUGUUUCCACAGUUUUCCACUACAUGGAAGCAAAGCGAAGCAUAAACAAAACCCUGGUUUACAUUCUGCAUUUAACUUACUUUGUAUCAGCAUCAGCAAGUUUGUUCAGCAUGGCAGCAAUGACUAUUGACCGAUUCUACGCGCUCAAGUCACUAUCAUCGAAACGCCGAAAGCUCACACGUCGUAACUGCAUUUUGAUAUCAGUACUGACCUGGGUUUUAGCGAUUGGAUUAUCUGUAUUUUACUUCAUUCUUGGCUACAUCAGUUUACUUAUGGUGCUCAUCCACAUUUCGCUCGUUACUACAUUUGCGAUUACGUUCAUCACUUACGUCAAAAUAAUUCGACGUAUGAGGCAAAUCAAACAGGCUUUCAAACAGUCGAAUCCACAACACUUGGUAAAUGGCGAAGCAACAUCGAACCAGCAAAAUGCGACAUCGAAACCUGACCGACACUUCUUGCGAGAGCGCAAAGUUACGAAAGUUUUCCUUUCCUUGUUGAUUACAUUUCUUUGCAUAAACAUACCAGCCAUGGCAUUUCUCUAUUUCUUGGAAUUCUGUCUUUCUUGCCCAUGCGACACAAGACACGUGUUCCGAGACUUGGUCCUCUGCCUUAUUUCUACAGCUAGUGCUACCAACCCUGUUAUCUGCCUGCUUAGGCUGCCAGUAAUGAGGGCAACGGUAUUCACACUUUUAAAGUGUGGGAGAAGGCUGCCACUGAAUGACAGUUCAAUUCAAAGCGGAGACCAGCGGAGAGCUAUGCAACUUGAGGGUGUGCCCAAAAUUUGAAUCUUCAAAGUAAUGUAUAACAUAGUGUCUGUGACACUGACUGCCACGAUACUGACUUUGAUAAGUUGAUUAACUUUCAUCGUAUGAUUUUUAUUCUGUUGGUUGAAGGGAGUUCACACCGUCCACUUUCUAUGUUUUGUAAUUAAAGAUACAGGACCUUAGCUGCGAGAAAUGCGCGACUUAGAUGACAUUGUCAUUAUGAUUUGCGGGAAAGAAACAUUUCAUUGUCUACUAUGAUGUAUUCUCGUUAAGUAAUUAUCCUAGUGUUUUGUCAUAGAGAUCUUUUAGGUAGCUUCAUUGUUUGUCAAACUUUCUUUCGUUUUUUUCUUGCAGUUCUUUGUGUUCCCUUUCCUCUACCUCUUCUUCUCCUUCUUCUUUCUCUUUCACUUUUUUCUUUUACUUCUUCCUCUUCUUCCUCUUCUUCCUCUUAUUCUUCUUUUUCCUUCACUUUCUUUUCUGCUUCUGCUUCGUGUUCUUCUUUAUCUUUUCGUUCAUCUUUUUCACCAAUGUAAAUUGUUGACUACAUUAAUAAUUUCUUGCUAUUGACAGGAGACUAACUGGUUUUCUAAACUUCUAGCCUAUAAACUACCUAGGUUACACCUUCUAAACUAGUUAGGAUAGUGCAUCUCUGCAGAUGCUUUCAAAGAUGAUUUUUCAAGCCUUCUCCUCAAAUAAAUAGCAGACUCUUCAGUAGAAUAUUCUUGGAUUUUGCCUUUAAUAGAGCAAUCUUGCUUGAUUUCGCUAGGAAUUGCACAGCAUCUUGCUGAAGAACAAUGCAAAUUUGCAAGUUUCCAGCCCUUUUAGGGCUAUUCUUGAUUUGCUCAUCAGCAUGUUGUGUAGUAUCAUUAAAUUCAUUGUUGCAACUCCGAGGGACUUCUUUUUCCAAUCCAAUUUCCCCAGAUCCUGUCCUGAGUCCUGAGUGAAUAAGCUUAGAUUCUCCUUGUAUAAAUUCAUUUAGCCAUCAUGCGGUGGCGCUCUUUCGAUUAAGGGGAUCAAAUAAAAGUAAAAAGAAGACAAAGCAGACAGGAAUAGACAAUGAAUUUUAUACGACGCAAAUCGGCCAUUGCUUUGAUAUUUCUAAAUACGACUAAACGUUCACUGCGAUUCUUUGGUCAAUAACAAGUCAUUUUUACUAGAACUGAAGUGCAUUUGCAUGUAUUCAGCGAUUUCUGCUUUAACUCGAUUCACAGUGGAAAUCAAAUAUUUGCACGCUUUUGUACUUGUUAAUUUACAAGGUGAAAAUUUGCCUGAAGAUAAAAAAAUAAUUCAGAUAUUAUUGACGUCUUACUUUAUCAGAAAAGAAAAUAAAAAAGCAGAACAGAACAAUAAAUGUGGUAUUAAAAUACAAAAAGUAAUCUAAAAGAACUAUUCUAACCCCUCUUACCGUAUUUACUCUAAUAUUCCCGCUGCGGGAUUAGCGUUCUAACCCAACAAAAAAGGCGGGAUUAUUGGAGAGGCGGGUAUAUUGGAGAGGCGGGAUUAUUGUAGAGGCGGGAUUAUUUUUUCAAUGCCUUGAAGUCUAGUUUGAGGAUACCGUUUCAACAAAAACGUCUCUUAAAUUCGAUUGUGGCAAAUCAGAGAAAAAAUAUGCAAUUUCAACAUGUAUGGGGGGUUAAAAUUAAAUGGGGGUGGGAUAUUUAUUUUCACAGACAAGACAGAGCAGAAAUUGUGCUUUAUAGACAGUAGUACGAAGUCAAAAAACGGGAAUACGGGAAUAAAAGAGAAACGAGAAUAUUAGAGUAAAUACGAUAUCUCAUUAAUUCCAAGACAGUGGUGGCGCCAAGAGAGGGCUAGGGGGGGGGCUACAGCCUCUCCGUCGGAAGCAUCUAGCCCCCCAUCGGAGGCAAUUUUAGGUUAUUGUCGGAGAAAUUUUGACAAAAUAACGUACGAAAACUGCUUAUUUUAGUCAUUUUAGCCCCCCUGUCGGAAGCUCCAGCCCCUCUGUCGGAAGAUUUCUGGCGCCACCUCUGUUCCAAGAUAGACCUCAGUAUCAUUUUCAAGUUUAUAGCGUAUAACAUAUUGUGAGAAAGUCAUACUUAUUAUGCGUCAAAAAAUCUACGUCUUAAUGAAGCUUUAGCCUUGAAUCAUUCUUUAAUUAUUCUUAAAAUUCAGCAA